CAGAGCCAUCUUCCAGCUGCCAUACUCGGUGAAGAUGGCUCAAACUCCUUUGGAGGCUGUGGCCCUUAAGCGCCUCCAGAAGGAGUUCCUUGCCAUCUCUCAAGAUCCCCCUGCUCAGUGUUCUGCAGGGCCAGUGGCGGAAAAUAUGUUUCAUUGGCAAGCAACCAUAAUGGGGCCUGAAGACAGCCCCUACCAAGGAGGGGUUUUUUUCCUGUCCAUCCACUUUCCGUACAAUUACCCCUUCAAGCCCCCCAAAGUUUCGUUCACAACCCGGAUUUACCAUCCAAACAUUGGCAAAAAUGGAAGUAUCUGUCUAGAUAUCUUGAAUUCUAAGUGGUCACCUGCACUUACAAUUUCCAAAGUUCUUCUGUCUAUUUGCUCUCUGUUAUGUGAUCCAAACCCAGAUGACCCUCUGGUUCCUGAAAUUGCGAAGGUCUACCUCAAGGAUUUAAGACAGUAUGAGAGAUUGGCUCGAGAGUGGACGGAGAGAUAUGCGAUGUAAUUUCAACAUGUAAUGGUCAUAAUAAUAAAAAGAAGUGGUUCGCU